CUCUCUUUCUCUCUCUCUCUCUCUCUCUCUCUCUCUCGCUCUUUAGGCUUCAACCACAACAGAACAAACGAAGCUUCCGAGAUGGCCGCCGUUUCGCUCAGCUUCAAGAGAUCCGACAGCAUCGCCGAGGGCAUGCCUGAAGCACUGAAGGAGAGCCGGUACCAGAUGAAGAAGUGCUUCGCGAGGUAUGUCUCCAAGGGCAAGAGGGUCAUGAAGAACCCGCAGCUGAUGGAGGAGCUGGAGAAGUCCAUCGAUGACGAGGCGGAGAAGGCCAAGGUCAUGGAAGGAUUUCUCGGCUACAUCAUCUGUUCCACACAGGAAGCCGUCGUUCUUCCGCCGUUCGUGGCGUUUGCAGUGAGGCCGCAUCCCGGGAUAUGGGAGUAUGUCAAGGUCCACUCCGUCGAUCUUUCGGUCGAUGGAAUCACUCCUUGCGAGUACCUCAAGAACAAAGAAACUAUCUACGAUGAGAAAUGGGCGACGGAUGAGCAUGCUCUGGAAGUGGACUUCGGAGCUCUUGAGCCGUCGACGCCUCUGCUCACCUUGCCGUCAUCGAUAGGCAAAGGCGCGCAGUUUAUAUCCAGAUUCAUAUCAGCUAAGCUCAACGCCAGUUCCGAGAGCAUGAAGCCAUUGCUGGAUUACCUUCUCGCCCUUAAUCACGGAGGCCAAAAGCUAAUGAUCAACAACACGUUCGACACUGUGAACAAGCUUCAGACGGCGCUCCUUUUGGCGGAAGUGUUCGUCAGCGGGCUUCCGAAGAACACGCCAUUCCAAAAGUUCGAACCCAGAUUUGAGGAGUGGGGGCUGGAGAAAGGAUGGGGUGACACUGCGGCGACUGUGAAGGAGACACUCAACUGUCUAUCUGAGGUUCUCCAAGCACCCGAUCCUGUCAAUCUGGAGAAGUUCUUCGGCAGAGUUCCCUCCAUCUUCAACAUCGUGAUCUUGUCCCCGCAUGGCUACUUCGGACAAGCAGAUGUUCUUGGCUUGCCCGACACCGGUGGGCAGAUUGUCUACAUUCUGGACCAAGUAAAAGCUUUCGAGGAGGAGCUGCUGCUGAGGAUCAAGCAACAAGGACUGACGAUAAAACCUCAGAUUCUUGUGGUGACCAGGCUGAUACCAGAAGCCAAGGGGACGAAAUGCAACCAAGAACUGGAGCCAAUUCUCAACACCAAGCACUCCCACAUCCUCCGGGUGCCAUUCAAGACCGAGACCGGAGUUGUGCAACAGUGGGUCUCUCGGUUCGACGUCUACCCUUACCUCGAGAGAUACGCUCAGGAUGCUGCUGCCAAAGUAGUCGACAUCUUGCAAGGGAAACCGGACCUCAUCAUCGGAAAUUACACCGAUGGAAACUUGGUGGCGUCUCUCAUGGCAACCAAGCUCGGAGUGACUCAGGGAACGAUCGCGCAUGCUCUCGAGAAGACCAAGUACGAGGACUCGGAUGUGAAGUGGAAAGAACUGGAACCCAAGUACCAUUUCUCGUGCCAAUUCACGGCCGACAUGAUCGCGAUGAACACCACUGAUUUCAUCAUCACCAGUACGUACCAGGAAAUUGCAGGAAGCAAGGAUCGGCCGGGGCAGUACGAGAGCCACCACGCCUUCACGCUUCCAGGGCUGUGCCGGUUCGUCUCCGGCAUCGAUGUCUUCCAUCCCAAGUUCAACAUAGCUUCCCCUGGAGCCGACCAAUCCGUCUACUUCCCCUACACCCAGAAGCAGAAGCGCCUCACUUCGCUUCAUCCUGCCAUCGAGGAGCUGCUGUACAGUAAAACGGACAACGAGGAGCACACAGGAUACCUUGAAGAUAGGAAGAAGCCCAUCAUCUUCUCCAUGGCGAGGCUCGACACCGUGAAGAACAUCACCGGGCUGGUCGAGUGGUACGGGAAGAACAAGAAGCUGAGAGGGCUCGUGAACCUGGUCGUGGUCGCGGGCUUCCUCGACCCCUCAAAAUCGAAGGACAGGGAGGAGAUCAGCGAGAUCAAGAAGAUGCGUUCCCUGAUCGAGAAGUACCAGUUGAAAGGGCAGAUGCGAUGGAUAGCAGCGCAGACCGAUCGGGUCCGCAACGGCGAGCUGUACCGCUGCAUCGCAGACACCAAGGGAGCUUUCGUGCAGCCUGCUCUGUACGAAGCGUUCGGGUUGACGGUGAUAGAGGCGAUGAACUGCGGCUUGCCCACCUUCGCGACGAACCAAGGAGGUCCGGCGGAGAUCAUCGUGGACGGCGUGUCGGGCUUCCAUAUCGACCCCACCGACGGGGAGGAAGCCAGCGGCAAAAUGGCGGACUUCUUCGAGAGGUGCAAGGACGCGAGCUACUGGAACAAGAUCUCCACGGCCGGCCUCCAGCGCAUAUACGAAUGCUACACCUGGAAGAUCUACGCGACCAAGGUGUUGAACAUGGGGUCGAUCUAUGGCUUAUGGAGGCAGCUAAACAAGGAGGAGCAGCUGGCGAAGGAGAAGUACCUGCAGCUUUUCUACAAUCUGCAGUUCAGAAACUUGGCCAAAACUGUACCGAUAGCCACAGAUCAAGCUCAGCAAGAGGCAAAGCCGAAACCAGUGGCAAUACCUGCAUCACAACCAUCCCAAAAUCCUAUCCGCAAACUAUUAGCCAUUUGUACAAGAAAACACAAGGGAGGCCAGUAGCUAUGAAUCACCAGGAAAUAAUA